UAGUGACUGUUGAUUCACUCCCUUUGCAGCAGCAGCAGCAGCUCCACUUCCUGAUACACCUGUUUGUCAGGUAGCAUCAAGAAUGUGCCUCCGCCGCGGACACACUGAGUCAUGACUCCACAGACUAUGGACGCAAGCUCACCCGCGCCUUGACGCAGCUCCGUCUUUUCCUCCAUUAUCAUUUACUAUUAGUGUUAUCGUCGCGGACUAAAAUGCGCCAGGGGAACUCCGCUGUGACCGCGGCGUGGCUGCUGUGUGCGCUCGGCUGUUUGGUCCCUCCUCUAGUCUCCUCCAUCUUGGUGAGUUCUCCGGCAGAAGUCCAUGCGUCCAGUGGGGACGCUGUCAAGUUGUCUUGCGCUUUCACUUCCACCAGCAGGCCAACCAGCAAGAUGACUGUGGACUGGUCUUACAGGCCCCAGAGUGGAGGCCCACCACAGACAUUUUUCCACUUCUCCUCACGGGCGUUCCUUCCAUCAGACGGUCAGUUCGCUGGUCGUAUCCAGUGGCAGGGAACCCCGGCGCGAGGGGAAGCCUCCAUCUCGUUGAUCAACGCCACGUUGAGCGAUAAUGGGACCUUUACAUGCUCAGUUAGAAACCCUCCUGAUGUCCACGGGUCCCCAACUUCACACACAGUACUCACAGUCACACCAAAAGCCGUCAGCAUUCGCUUCUCUGAUGUUGCCGUCCUGCUCGUUUUCAUCCUCCUCCCCUCUGGUGUCAUCACCCUCAUUCUGAUUGGACGGAUAAUCUGUCCCAAGAAGAAGCGCAGCCAAUCAAAGGCCUACAGAUCACCCAUAGAGGUCACGGAGGGAGAGGAGUAUGGCGUCCACCCACCGGGGGUCAAAGAAAAGGGGGCCUCAUGCUGUGACCUAUAUUUGAUGGACUCGGACGAUGAAGAGGAGUAUUACAACAUAGACAAGAAGCCUCCAGUGGAUGAAGGUUAUGCCGAGUCUCAGUUCUAGAGAACCCUUGUGGUUGAGAGAUGUAACUGUACAAAUCUGGACCUUUUCCUGACGAAGGGGAGUUACAGAAUGGAAAUCAAUGCUGGAUUCAUGUCGUCUGUGCCACCGUCAACCACUCAUGGAGCCACUCUGGUGAUGGAGUUUACGUUUUGUGGUGACCCCCUUUUUGUAUUUUUGUAUUAAGACGAUCAGAGUUAUCUGCACAGCAUGAUAUUCACACUAUUAAAUACAGUAUAGCAAUAAUUUGUUUUACCUUUUGUUCACAAGCCCCAAGUUUUCUAAAAGCUUCCCAAAAACCACUUCACAGCUUUUAUACCUCUGUGCUGUGGGAGAGCAGAGGUAUAAAUUCUUUAAAAAAUCUCAGAGUCUGGGGUUUUAAUUUGAUAUUAUUUGUUUAUUGUACGUGUCCAGGUCAGUAGCUGGGAUCAUCCUGCCCAUUAACAACUGACCCAGUGCAUGCAGACACAAAUACACAGACCAGCACUAUGUUUAUUUUUAUAUUUUGAUUUCAAAGUUUCACUCUUAUUUUGAAGGAGAUAGAUCUGUUUUGUCUAAUUUAUUGCCUGUGUCAAAGCGGCUGUAUGAAAUGUGUCCGUGCCUAUGUUGAACUUUUAGUUGAAUAUUUCUGUUUAUAUUCUUAAUAUUUGGACAGAAAAUAAAUAAAUUGAUGUGCAACAUUAGCUGCAACCACUUAAUACUAUUUAUGCUAUAAUACUGUAUAUAAAGUAUAUUUGAAAUGUCCUCUGUAUAUUACUGUACUGCAUGUCCGAGGUGAAUGUGUGUGUCUGCCAUCUUACUAUACUUUGGGGAUGUCUGGACUGAGUCUUGGUUUUGGAUUCAUAGAUUGCUUGUGUUGAUUCAUUUUUUAGAAAGGUUUUUGCUGAAAUAAAUAGUUUAUGAGCA